CCCUCCGAGCCCCCCCGGCCACCUCCGUCGCCGCCCGUCACCUCCCAAACCGAGGGACUCUUUUGUGGCGGAGGGAUUCCCGUGACGUCGUGUCUCUUCCUUCUCACAAAACUUAAAUUUUAAAAUAUUUUUUAAUUAUUUUUCUUAUUUUCCACAGAAAGGCGCAGGGAGAGAAUAAAACCGAAUAAAAUCCCUUCCUAGAUGGGGAAAAAAAUAUUUUUUUUGGCCGUGGGGAGGGGAAGGGGAGCGGCGUGGGGCGGGGUGGGCGGGAGAGGCGCGGCUGAGGCGGGGACGAUGGCGGCGGGAAGCGCGAGGCGGGCGGCGGGCACCGAGCUGUACCGGGAGCUCCUCCGGGUAUAUGAAGAAGGAAAGAAAAGCAUCCCCGAGCAGCCGCGUCUCUUUGAGAAUGAUGUAGAGAUCUGUUUGAUUGGUCGUGGUUGCAAAAGUCCCAUUGAAAGAUUUUGGAAUGGAAACAGUAUGGUGUAUAUUUUGCAAAAAGCAACUCUCUUAAAGGACCACAAUGAGGGAGGUGACUCAAUGGAAGAAUCAAAAUCAGAUGAUGCUCUUUAUGCCUCUGAGCUUUUACCAAAGGAGAGUGCUGGACCAGUCGCUCUUUCUGUUAGAAGGGCAAAGCAGUUGAUUUCCUUAUAUACAAUGGCACAAAAUCCAAACAUGACCCAUUUGAAGACAAGUGAGCGGGUUGUGCUUCCUCCCCUCUGGAUAAGGUGUGAUGGCUCUGAUCCAGAGUGUACUCGUUGGCUUGGAGCUGAGCCUCUCAAAGCUGGAAACAAAAUCACAGGGAUCAAUAUUUAUAUGGUUACAUGUAACGGUCCUACAGCUGAUAAAACCUGUUUUGCAAACCUAGAGGAACUCAAAAUGGCACAUAAAGUCAAACACCAUUCAUCUAUUGUGACAACAAAAGGAUUUGCUCAGUAUGAACUUAUUAGAGCUGCUGCAAUAGAGGACACAAUUGUAGAAUCUGAAAGCAAUAUAUCUAUUGACAUUACGUGGAAUACUGUAGAUAAGAUUCUGCAGCCACCCCCACUUACUGCAGCUGCCACACUGAAUAUUUCACUGGAGUCUGGGGAUCCCAGGAGUCCUGUAUAUCCGCUGUAUAGAGAACUGCAGUUUCUCCUUACUUUGGCUGAAGGUUUGAAGACAGGUGUGACUGAAUGGCCUGAGUCCUUAGAGUCUAAGUCAGCUUUUGAACUGGUCCAAGGAUUUCUGACUGAUCUAAAGAAACUGGAUGUAUAUUGUACAUCAGGAAAUGAGAAUGGAACAGAGAAUAUCAAAUCUGACACUGCUGCUGUGGAUAGUUCAAUGAAAUCAAUCUUCAGUGAACGAGGAGGCCUGGAUUUUGCUGAACAAUUAUGGUGCAAAAUGAGAAGUGUCAGUUCCUAUCAGGAGUUGGUAGAGUGUUUCACAUUGAUCAUAAAAUCCCUGGAACAUGGUGAAGUACAGCCAUGGAUUCACCAAGGGAGUAGCAGUUUGCUGAGUAAAUUGAUUCAGCAGUCUUACCAUGGCAAGAUGAAGGCCGUUUCCCUCAGUGGCAUCACUCCAGUUCAAAUGCUUCUGGAGAUCGGUUUGGAUAAGAUGAAGAAGGAUUACAUCAGCUUUUUCAUAGGCCAGGAACUUGCAACAUUAACCUAUUUGGAUUACUUCAUUUCCCAAUCAGUAGAUCUACAAGAACAAGUUCAUCGUGUUCAAAAGCUUCACCAUAUGCUGGAAAUAAUGGUCAGCUGUACAGUCUUACUUCAGUUUAAACAUGAGAACCUCUUCCCUUUGACACAAACUUGUCUGAAAUAUUAUAAGGAAAACCCUCUAAAUGAGAAGCAUGUGUUUCAACUGCCAAUCAGGCCAGCUCUCGUCAAGAAGUUCUAUGAAAAUGAUCACCCAGAAAUAUGGAAGGUGGACAUAAGUAGUGGGCACGGCCAAAAGGAGGUUAAAACAACAUGGCAAGUUAGUACUAGUCCUCCUGUGGAACAUAUGAUAUCAAACAAUAUAGGUCUCUUGUGCGACUCUACAGUUAAUGGAAGCACUGAAGAAAGAAUGUAUUUUAUUACAAUGACUAAUUGCAGUCAGGUGCAUUUCACAUAAAUAGCUGUUACUCUCCAGGCAGGCACUGAAAAGGUACAGUAAAGGGGAAAGUUCAGUAUAUUUAGCAACAUUCUCUGAUUUGAAGAACAAUACAUCUUACUGAGUUAUUUGCUUUAGUAUACUCUUGUGACAUAAGCAGCCAUAAUUCAUUUGUACCCGUCUAGUUUGUAAAUAUUGUGCAGUUAUGAAUGUACAGUAUGAAUGUUACUUUUGAAAAUAUGGUAGAUAUUUUGGUUCACAAAUUUACAAACGUUCAAUAAAGUUCUACACUUUGGGAUUUAAAAUUUUAUUUUGGUUUUUACAAAACAAGCAAUAUUGUCACAUUUUUCUGGUACCAAGUGAUAUUUCAUCAUUCCAAUAUAUUUGGAAAGCUGUUCAUCAAGGGCCUCAUGAACUUCUGACAGCUUGGUUUUCCUCAUCCCUGUAUUUAUACUUUGGAGUUAUCUUGGAUAUACUUAUUUCUGCUGCUUGUAUUCAGUUUUUCUCUUAAUGCAGAGUGAAUUACUUUAGAUGGUGUCAUAUAUGCUUUUACAUUACUUUCUUCAGAAAUACUGAGUAUAGCUGAUUAAACAUAAUCACUUAAAUGCGUUGGGAUUAAUUACUGACAGUUACAUAUGGUCGUGCAUUAAUAAGAUACAGUAUGUAACCUUUUGGUAUUAUAACUAAACAAUUAUAUAGUAUAUGCUGAUUAAUUUGAGAGGGAAGUAUUUGCUUGAAAAACUCUUAAAUAUUGAUACGUAAGAAUAAGAAAAACCUUAUUAAUGCAUUUAAAAACUGAAGCAUCUACCAUUUCUCAUUUCUCCUCAGAAAAAAAAUAUAUUUUUAUUUCUUACUCCUUUCUUUAGUAUAUUGCAUCUUAAAAGAAUAACUAUCAAUUUAAUAGUUAAUGCCUUUGAAUAGAAGCUAAGAAUGAGUUCCUUUUUGUAUAUAUGGCUGCUACUGUGUUCAGAAUAUGUACAGCACUGCUGAAGCUGUAUUGAAAGCUAAGUUGGAAACUAGUUUGUUGGUUUGCUUUAGAGGAGUGAUUUCAAGCACAACACCAAAGACAAAUGUAGCCAGCUGGCCAUAAUCUGAAGCAUUUUAUUUAUUUUUUUAAUCAUGUAUUUAACUUGUACCUACUUGAGUGAAUUUGUAGUGGAAUAUUAUAUUCUGGAAGUGGCUUCGAUUACUUAUGUUACAUACUUCUGUGUGCAAUAAAAUAUAUUGUUGUAUGAGGUAAACCUA